GUGGGCACCGAGUCACCAGGCACAACAGUGGACUCUGAGUCAAUUGGCACGACAGCGGGCACCGGGUCAUCUGGCGCUGGAUUGUCUGGCUCGACAGCGGGCAUCGGGUCACCAGGCAUGACAGCAGGCACUGGAUCAUCAGGUACCAGAUCGCCUGGAUCGACAGCGGGCACCGGGUCAUCUGGCGCUGGAUCGUCUGGCUCGACAGCGGGCAUCGGGUCACCAGGCAUGACAGCGGGCACUGGGUCAUCAGGCAUUGGAUCGUCUGGCUCGACAGCGGGCUUCGGGUCACCAGGUAUGACCGCGGGCACUGGGUCAUCAGGCAUUGGAUCGUCUGGCUCAACAGCGGGCAUCGGGUCACCAGGCAUGACAGUGGGCACCGGGUCAUCAGGUACCGAAUUGUCUGGCUCGACAGCGGGCACUGGGUCAUCAGGCGUGAUAGGAUCAUCAGGCUGGAUCAGCUGGGUACAGACAUCAGGCUGAAGUGCGGGUGCCGAGGCACCAGGCUGAACCACGGGAGGCAGGUUCUCAGACGGCAGGCUCACCGGUUUGGAUACUGGCAGGAUGGUACUUGGUGGAAAGAAUUUCCGCUUUUUUCUGGUUUUAACUACUGGGGCACUGCAAGUAAACGCAGGUCUGCAAACGAAUGGAGCAG